UGUGUCGGAAUUUUUAUGUCGGUAUAUCAAGCGAUGUUACUUUAUGUUGUACGUCGUGUGUCGGGUCCACUUAGCCCGGUGCUAAAUGGAAUCGUUGCCCGUCAUUCUGGUGUUCCAGCAAAGAUGGCGAUUACACGACGUGCUAAAGCUGCUCAAAAUUCUGUUGCUCAAAGAACACGUUCUUCUUCACGAGAUGAUGGUAACGAAGAAACUGUUGAAACAGAUGUUACUCCAGAAAAUUCUCAGGAAGAGUUGUUAACAGAAAACAUCUCUUCAGAACAGAAUGUUGAGGAAAAUACAAUAGCAACUAUACAAGAAGUUGUAAAAGAACCUCCUUUUAUGGAGCCUAUACAUGAACCUACAGAAAAGGCUGCUUUUGAGUUUGUAAAACAGUCCACAAACGAAGUUGCUGGAGAGCCUAUACAAGAGACUGCUCAACAAAAUGGUGAAGUUUUGCCAGAUAAAUACUUACAAAUAGGUAAAGACCAAGAGCUUGCCAAGGAGGAGCUUAAAAAAGGUCCUCAAGUUAACAUAACUCCUGUUACUUCGGAAAAAAUUGUUGACAUGAUUAUAGAGAAAACUGAUGAUACAUUUCUUAAUGAAUAUGAACCAAGUGGGAUAAUUGUUAAUCAAUCUGCAGCUAAGAAAAGUAAAAAGAAAAAGAAGAAAAGAAGAAAACCAGCUAAAGCUGAACAAAAAGUGAUAUUGCAAGCAGAUGAAAAUGAAGAUAAAGAUGAUGUAGAAAUUGAAUAUGUAUCAGAGAACGUUGAUUUACCAAAGUGGGAUCCAAACUAUGCAGCUUUUAGUAAAAUAUUUGAGGCAUUCAAGAUUGAAGAAAGACAAAUGAAAAUAGAGAAGGAAGAAAUAAAAGAAGAAGCCCCACAAGCAAUAGAAAGCAUAGAUAAUCCACUUGCAGAUGAUGACGAUGAUGAAACAGAAAAGAAAGAAGGUAAUUCAGAGAAACUGUCAAAAAAGAAAAUGAAGAGACAAAGUCGAAUGGAAAUCGCUCAACUUAAACAGAUGGUCAGCCGACCAGAUGUUGUUGAAAUGCAUGAUGUAAAUUCUCGGGACCCACAACUUCUUGUUUAUCUCAAGGCUUAUAAGAAUACUGUUCCGGUUCCAAGACAUUGGUGUUUCAAAAGAAAAUACUUGGCAGGAAAACGGGGAUUUGUUAAACCUCCUUUUGAGCUUCCAGAAUUUAUAAAGCAAACUGGUAUUAUGGAAAUGAGGGCAGCUAUGCAGGAGAAAGAAGAUGCAAAAACAUUGAAAUCAAAACAAAGAGGAAAGAUCCGACCUAAACUUGGAAAAAUCGAUAUAGACUAUCAAAAACUUCAUGAUGCUUUUUUUAAAUUUCAAACAAAACCAAAAAUGACAAUACAUGGUGAUUUGUAUUAUGAGGGAAAAGAAUUUGAAAUCCGUCUAAAAGAAAAGAAACCAGGAGAUUUGUCUGAUGAUCUAAGAACAGCACUUGGAAUGCCAGUUGGGCCGGGAAAAAACCUUAUUCCCCCUCCAUGGUUAAUUGCAAUGCAACGUUAUGGGCCACCACCUUCAUAUCCAAACUUGAGAAUUCCAGGACUAAAUGCACCAAUUCCAGAUGGUGCCUCUUUUGGUUAUCAUGCUGGUGGAUGGGGAAAGCCUCCAGUUGAUGAAAUGGGUAAACCUUUGUAUGGAGAUGUUUUUGGAACAUUAACAGAUGACCAAUCUGGUUUACAUGACGAUGAAAAUAUUGAAAAAACUCCUUGGGGUGAAUUGGAAUCAGAAUCUGAGUCAGAAGAAGAAUCUGAAGAUUCUGCAGUUGAGGAUGAAGACCAAACUGGACUUGUAACACCUGGAGAUGCUGGAUUGAUUACACCGAGUGGUUUAUCUUCUGUUGGUGCUGGUAUGGAAACUCCAGACAUGAUUGAAUUACGUAAGAGAAAGGAAAUAGAAGAUGCAAUGGAGACUGGUGGUGAUACUCCAGCGUUAUAUACUGUUUUGGCAGAAAAAAAGACUUCAGUAGGUGCAGCCAUGAUGGGCUCUGCUCAUACGUAUGAUAUGGUAACAACAACAAAAAAAGCAGGCGAGGGUGUAGAAAUUACGUUAGAUCCCAGUGAAUUAGAACUUGAACCGUCUACUAUGGCAGCUAAAUAUGAUGAUACAAUAAAGGAAAGGGAAGCUGCUUUAAACCGUGAAGAUUUAAGUGAUAUGGUUGCUGAACAUGCAGCUAAAAAGAAACGCAAAAAACCAACAGAUAAUGGAAAGGCUGCCAAAAAAUACAAAGAUUUCAAGUUUUAGUAGUUUUACAACGUUGAAUUAUAAUGAGAAUGAGAACUUUAGAAGAUCUAUGAAAGUUUUUUUACAAACAAGACUUUAUAAAGAGCUACUAAUUAUGGUAUUAUUUUACAGAAAUGACCCGGUCUCUUAUUUUA